AUCUGAAACAGUACAAUGGAUAAAAAAAGCUACCUAAAUGUUAGAAUGGUGUCAAGUCUGUCACCGUAUUCCACAUUACUGGACCUAAGUUCAGCUUCAGAAUUUCAAGAUGACCAGACUGCUGGCAAUAGUGACAGUCUGGCAUUACCUGGCAACCAUAUUUUAAGAAGUCAGAGUCUCCAUGGGAAACAGUUACCAGGCAACAGUAAUGCAUCUGGGGACUAUGCUAAUCUAGCUCCUGUUGGAAGCUUGGAGGAUUUUCAAAAAUUUACGAAUGGUUACAAUUGUACAUCCUCUAGGUUUGGAAGCUUAGAAACAAUGGAGAAAAAUUCAAAGAAGCCAAAGGACCAGAAAGUGAAUAAAACAGAAAGUCAUGAGUUAAAUAUUCAGGAUACAGAAAGUAGUUUGUUUAAGGAAAUAGAAAAUGCCUUGAAAAACAACAAGAAUAGUUGUGUAUUGGAACACGAGGAUGAUGAGCACCAGUUUCUAUAUUAUCACAUAGAAAUGUUAGCGAUGGAUCAAAGAUUUGGAUUUUCUGUUAGUGGAGGAAUAGAUGAGGGUUUCCCACCAAAAAUUGACAACAUUUCCAAAGGCUCACCAGCUGAGAGAGCAGAAUUAUUAGUGGGAGAUGAAAUAAUUGAAGUAAAUGGAAAAUGUUUAGAUAAUGCAUCACAUGGAGAAGUCAUAGCAUAUAUUCAUAAAUGCAUCAGGUCAAGGUCAAUCAAUUUAAGAGUAAAAAGAAGAAAAGAAGAACAAGCCGCUAUAGUUCCAACAGAUGAUGUUCAGAAUGCAUAUAUAGUAGCUGUGGAAGAAGAUGCCAAACGACGUCUUGAGGAACUACUUUACAAUCACAGUCUUACCCCGAUUGAUAUGACACAUCAUGUAGGGAUCGAAGGUGAAAAUACUGAAGAUCUACACAACACAUCUAACUCUACAAGUCAUUCUUUAGAACGUGCAGUGUUACAAUCCUCAAUGCCUUACAUGACUCAAUCAGGUCACAUGACCAACGGACAUGUUGAAAUGUCUGAACUGAACGGUUAUAAGGAGAAAGAAGGAAAGAAAGGAAAAGGGAAGAAGGGAAAAAGGUCCAGUACAGCCAGCAACGAAACCCCAUUAAUUGAUAACUUAUUAACUGAAAGAAAGAAUAACAGUCAAAAUUCUAUCAAUAUGUUUGGAAUGGAUGAAAGUUACGAUGAAACACACAGUUCAAUAGAAUUUGAUCAAGGACCUCAUAGGGAAAUGGCAAUUGAUGUGCCAAAAAACUUUCAAGGUGCUGUGAAAACUCCGCCGAGAUUCCCCUCCUCUCAUUCCUCCCCACGAUCAACACCAACUAAAGAAAGUAGUGCUAAAAAUGGAAAAUUAAACUCUAACGCGCCACAUUCUGAAGAACAGAUGGAGAGGAUAAGGCGUCAUCAAGAAGAGAUUAGAAAAAGGAAUGAAAGGGAGGAACAACGAACAAAAGAACAGGAAUUUUUACGUGCUUCCCUCAGACGCUCAGAAAAAAUGAAAGCACUACAAAAAGAGCGUAAGCAAGCAGGAAUAGACAAUACAGCAUUUAUUGAUAAUGAUGAUGACUCUGGUGGAUUUGAGGAAGGUUAUGUUAGUGGAAGACAUACGCAAAAUAGUCGUGAUUAUAUGAAAAAAAAUCUAAGUUAUGAUGAUGUUUUAGCAAGUCUGCAGCAUAUGAAGAGUAAGGUCAACUCAAAGGAAGGCAAAGAAAAAUUGAAAUUUUUAACAGACUUUUUUGAUCAAAGACAAUUUCAAAAUGCUGUUAGUGUUCAUCAUAAAGUGCUGGAUGUUAAGACUAGAAACCCUCCUGUGCAAUGUACGUGUUCAAAUUCUCAGGACGCUCUGGAUGAGAGUGAGGACGUGUUGUGUUCAGUGCAGAGUCCAUACUCUGAACAACUGCUCACUAUAUUGUGUAAACCACACAUAAAGAAUUUGUUGUUGGCACAUGACUCUGUGGCGAGACAGGAAGUGAAGUCAGCAGCAAAUGGCCAGGAACCACCGGAUGAUUUUAAUAUUCCUAAUAUACCAGAUGGUGGUGCCAGUGUAAAACUUGUACAUCUAGAGAAAACUACAGAACCAUUGGGUGCUACAGUGAGGAACGAUGGUGAGUCUGUGAUAAUCAGCCGGAUUGUAAAGGGAGGCACAGCGGAGAAGAGCGGCUUAUUACACGAGGGUGAUGAAAUACUUGACAUAAAUGGGAUAGACAUGAAGGGCAAAGAUAUCAAUGAUGUAUCUGAAAUGCUAGCAAAUAUGUCAGGAAGAAUAACAUUUACAAUUUACCCUAGCAACGAGUACAAUCCACCUUCUGCUACAGCUGGAAGCAUUAUGCAUGUGAAAGCAUUAUUCAACUAUGACCCUGAAGAUGAUCUUUACAUCCCAUGUAGAGAGUUGGGCGUGUCAUUUAUGAAAGGUGACAUUCUACAUGUUAUAAACCAGGAUGAUACAAACUGGUGGCAGGCAUAUAGAGAGGGCGAGGAAGAUUACCAGUCACUGGCCGGGCUUAUACCCAGCCGAACAUUCCAUGAACAAAGAGAGUCAAUGAGACAAACUAUUGGAACGGAGAAUAAGGAAAAUCAGAAGAAGGGCAGAUCAUGUUCCUGUGGUAGAACAAACAAGAAAAAGAAGAAAAGAAAUAUGUAUAAAGAAGAACAUGAGGAAAUAUUGUCAUAUGAGGAAGUGGCUCAGUAUUACCCUGAGCCGAAUAGACGACGUCCAAUAGUCCUGAUAGGUCCACCGAAUGUAGGUCGUCAUGAACUACGUCAAAGAUUGAUGGAGUCCGACUAUGAUAGAUUCGCUGCUGCUGUACCUCAUACUAGUCGUCCACGUAAAAUUACUGGUCCAGAAAAUGAGCAUGAGAUAGAUGGUAAAGAUUAUCAUUUUGUGACUCGUGAAGAAUUUGAGACGGCCAUAGCGGGAAAUAAGUUUAUAGAGAGUGGUGAAUAUGAAAAGAACAUUUAUGGUACGAGUGUGGAAGCUGUAAGACAAGUUAUCAACAGUGGAAAGAUUUGUGUGCUCAAUACAGACCCAGAGGCAUUAUACAUGUUACAUCAGACUGAUUUGAAGCCAUAUGUUAUAUUUGUCUAUCCUCCAAACAUUGAAAAACUGCGACAGAUACAAAUGAGGCUUGGUGUUGAAAAUAUCAAGGAUGAUGAUUUGAGAGAUAUAAUUGAGCGUGCUCGUGAGAUGGAGGACAAAUUUGGACAUUUCUUUGAUUAUGUCCUGGUGAAUACAGACAUGGAUAAAGCAUUUGAUGAACUUACAACUGAAAUAAAUAGGAUAGAGGUGGAGCCACAGUGGGUACCAAUGACUUGGAUGCGUUGAUCUGUUCUCUAGAAUGUAGAGUAACAUUAACUAUUAAAGGUCAUUAUUUGACAUGGAUUUAACCUGUGAGACGGAUUGUGUCUAUGGUAAGGUUGAGUAAGUUAAGAAACUAAGGAGAGUGAUAGAAAUGGUCAUAUUCACUAUUGGAAAGUGGUUUAAUCCAAGGACAGUACUGAUUGGACAAUACUGGUCACAUGACUGUGAAGUAUUGAUGACAUAUACCAUAUCAUAAUUAUAGUGUAUGUAUAAACAGGCAAGGAUUUACUUAGUUCUAUAACGGACAGAGUACAUACACAAGUGUAACCAGAUUAAACCUGAAUAAUAUACUGCAAUAAUAUAUAACUGUAUACAUGAUAGUUGUAUAUGUUCAAGUUUUAUGACAUAGAAAUAUAAAGAGUGCAGUGUUUAAAGUUCACCUUAUCAACAUACUGUAUUAAUUGAUUGUUAAUUGAAUCAGAAAAUAUAGUGCCUUCAUGCUGUUGUAUCAUAUUGUUUGAAAUAUAACAGCAAAGUGAAGUAAAAUUAAAUUAAUUACUGCAAAGGAAAUGAUUGUAAGAUGUAUGUAAGAUAUUGAUAAACACAAUUUAAGGAAAAUGUAAAUUUUUAUGAGAAUUAUUUUUUUGGUGCAAUUAUAUAAAUUCUGUUAACAUUGAAAUGAAUUAUUUGUCUUCUUUUUGUUUAAUUGCUGUUGCUGUAAAAAUGUUUUUGCGAAAGAAAAAGAAAGAUAUGUAAUCAUUUGAAAUAUAUGUUAUUUUAUAGGAAUUUUUCAUACACAGAAUACAUAGAUACAUGUGCAUAUAAAAUUUUACAGACAUUUAUUAAACAAAAAAAUCAGUUCGAUGAUUUUGACAAAAUAUAGCAAAAUUUGUGUCAAUAUUGGAUUGCAAUAGUAAUUUCUUUCAGUUUUAAGGUUGACAAUAUAUUGUAUAGAAAACGUGUUGAUAUGAAUAAGUAAAAGUUGUGAUAAUGUAAUAUAAAAGAUGACUUCUGGUUGGCAUUGAAGUAUUUAUUGAAGAGUUGUAAAUUUGUAGAAUAUCACAGCAAUUUAUGCAGAUUUUGUGUACCUUUACAUCUAAAAAAGUGAGGCAAGGUAUUUUAUUUUGUUUAAGCGCAUUUAGUGUCAACAUAUCAAAAUAAUGCAGGUAACGUCUUCCUACAACUUUAUCAUAAUGUUUAAGUUAUAGCUAUAAAUAUCUGAGAAAGCUGUUUCAUUUUAUUUCAGCAAAGUUUUAAUAGUUUGAUAAGGUACAGUUAAAGGCAGUUUAUAGUUUCAAAUGUACCUACUGUUUGUCUGGACACUCAAGUGUUUCCUUCUAUAGACCGAUUAAAUGUAUGCUGUUAUAACUGAUUUUCAGUUACACAAAUUGAUACUAAUGCAUAGAGGUCCAAACUAGCGUUUUACUUUCAAUCAGUUAGAUGUUGAUCAAAAAGGUAUUGUUUAGUAUAACUUUGUAUGUAUUAAAAUAAGUAUUUCAUUGAGUUACCAGAUCUAGUUGAUUUAAUGUACAUGUAGUGUAUAUAGACAAAAUUUUAGAAGAAAGCAAGUCCAAGUUUAAUGUCCAUUUGAUUUGUCAUGUUUCAAUGGUUGUAAAAAUUGAUAUUAAAUUACAAAUUACUUAUCUUCUUAUAUUGUUUUAUGUUUUCAGAUUAUAGUUUUUAUUGUUUACAGAAUGUAGUAUACUCAUUUUACAUAUCAUUAUCAUGUUUUAUAUAUAAAUGAUUAUAACCAUUCCCCCCUUUAUGUUUAAAGUCAAAAAGCAUAGUUUAUAUCAAAAGCAUACAGAUUUUAAAUCUUACUACAGAAAUUCAUAUUAUUGAAUUAUGUUAAUGGAACAAAAUAAAAAUGCAAUAUAAUAUA